AUGUUCAUCACGAAGGUGGUGCCCCUCAGAUAUUUGGGAUUUGCUGGUGGUAGUGUUGACUUGGUCGAAUUGCGACUAGGAGAUAACAAUCGCAGCGUGGAAGUCGUAAACUUCCCCCUAGUCACCUUCUCGGCCGAGUUGAGCUCCAGUGGUGCAUCAAUCGAGCAAGAAGUUACAAAGGGAUACGGAAUUUCAUUAUCAUUCCAGCUGCAAUUCGAGAGUUCUUUAAUCCAGACAGGAUUCACGGUGGGCUUGGGUUCUUCUUAUGCACUUUCUACUUCCUUGUCGCAGAGCAUGAUCUGUAGAGCUAAUCCAGGGAGUCGUGCUCAGUUGCAGGUGAGCACCAAAAUGAUGCUCUAUCCGGACGCAAAGACUAGAAACGUUACCAUCUCGAAUGGUAGAUUUUCAAACGGGCCAUGGCAACCUGUUACCUCCAGCGUGCAAGAGCGUACGAUCAAUGGCGCCCUUUUCUAUCGAAGUGAUUAUCUCGGUCUGCACAGGUGUGUUACAGACAUUGAUUUCUUUGAGGAUCCAGUUCAAAGAAGUUGGAUAAAAAUUGAAUAA